AACAUACGCACACUGGCCUUGCCCACCUUCUCAAUCUGAUUAAUAAUUCAUUCGCAGUGUCGAUCCACCUUCAAACUUGUCCCAUACCGUUUUAAUUGGUUCCAUGAAAACACAGUUGGGAAAAUAUUAAUCGCGAGAUCUGUAGAAAAGAAUAUGGACGCUAAGCUAUGUUGUUUUCUUUGUUAAUUUUUAAAUGUUGCAGAAUGAUAUGUAUAAAAUAACUGCAGCAGUGUGAGCUGUAGCACUAGCCAGCCCCAGCCAGGAGACUACAUAACAAAUUGAGGGAAGUAAAAUGUGAAACAAAUCUGAUGAAGAUGAAGAUUCUAAAACAUUUUCAGCCUCUAUUUCCCCUGCAUUACUGCGUAAUUUCGUCUGUUAUGUCCUGCAGAUCGACUGCUAACGCGUGGAUGUUACUCAUUUCUAAGGGGAAAUGUGAUUGAGAGCGGGGAUGCGAAGUCCUAAAGAAGAAACAACGAACACGCUGCUUCCUGGUCGUUUUCCAGUUUCAUAUGGAGCAAAAUUAAGGUCAAAUUUAUAAAUUUACUGCCAUUUUCUGCCACUGGAGUUCGCAGUGUUUUGGGACUGUUACAUUUGUCUUUAUCCGCCAUAUACUGCGGGCGUCUGUACUAGUCUAUUGCAGUUCCCGUCUUCAGUCCGGGUAGGAUGUAAGGGGCUACAAUAAUGUAGCCUACGGCGGUACAUGGCGAUGUGUACAUUGUGCAUUAAAUGCUUCACUGGUCUUAUUUGCAUUUAGCCGUGAAUUUAACGGCCGAUUGACUGAAGACCGCACAAACGCUUUAGCUGCAUCGAAUAGCUGCUGUCAACUGUAUGUACAUAGAUCGGCUGCCGUUCUAGGUGAAAAACAUUACGAUGCUGUGGUGUCCCGUUGCAGGACACCGCGCACCAUAGCUAGGCUACAGCCAAACCAUAAAAUAAACCGUUCCCUUUCAAGUGUAGUUUAUUCCGUUAUUUAUUACAGGCUUGUAUUUAAGUGUCAUUGCCUCGGCGUCCUCUGGACUGCAGUUGUCACAUUUACUAUCGCGUAUCAUGUGGAAUUAAUUUAUUAAGUGGGCAGUUGCUUUAAUUUUUAAAAAGAAAUUCUGAAAAAAGCAGUCAAUUGAUAAAAAGUAGUACGAUUACCAAAUAACCCAUGGACUCACAACCUUGACUCCCGAAUAAAUUGAGUAGGAAAUUUUACUUGCCAUUAAAACGGAAUAAAAUGCACACAUCGUUAUAUGGUCUAUCCACAAGGCCUGUGUCUGAAUCAUAAUGUUACACUGUAUAAUAUUUUAAUAUUUCAACAAAUGCCCUGCGUUUAGGUACAUGAAAUUGGCUAUUAGGGAGAGUAAAGUCUUAAUGAGUUUUUGGCGGAAUCGAUGCGCGUCCCUUCUGGAGAUCAUUGACGCAUCAUGGGAACCAAACAGACCAAAGGAGCGGGACAGGAGGCUAGCGCGAGUCCCCUUCACGGCGCGUGGAGACGGACGCCGACGAAAGAGCGAGGCGAUAUAUUUGCCUCUUUUAUGCUGAGAUCAGGGGAUCGAUUCGGACGCGGUGGAGCCCCCCCUCCCCCUUACCAGCGGCGCAUCGGGAUGAUUCAAGAGAUGAUGAUAAUGGCCCAGCAAGGGAAGCAAGACGAGGCGACAGAGCUUCUGAAAACCCUGCGACAGGAUCUGGGAAUGGAGUCCACAUCUUUAGAUGAUGUCCUGUACCGUUAUGCCAGCUUCCGCAAUUUGGUGGACCCGAUCACCCAUGAUCUCAUCAUCAGCUUGGCCCGGUACAUUCACUGCUCUAAGACGGAAGGCGAUUCUCUAGGUGCAGUGGAGAAGGUGUGUCGGCAGCUGACCUACCACCUGAGCCCCCACUCCCAGUGGAGACGGCAGGGCAUGCUGAAGAGGAAGCCCCAGUCAUGUUUGAAAGCCCUGCUGUUAGUCCCUCCCCCUAGUGGGGCACUGGAUCUGUCAGGUUUACCCCUCACCGUGCGGGAUGUGGAGCGGCUGUGCGCCUACCUGCAACGACACGCGUCCCAGGUAAGCAGCCUGGAGCUGGGCUUCACCGAGCUGACGGAUGCGGCCUUCCUGCUGCUGCUGCCCACCGUCAGCUCCCUGCCGUGCCUGGUGACCCUGAUGCUGAAUGGAAACCGGCUGACCCGCGCCGUUCUCAAGGAGCUCACUGACGCGCUCAAGGACUCCACCAGCUUCCCCAGCCUCACCUGGAUCGACCUGGGCAACAACGUGGACAUCUUCUGCCUGCCCCAGCCCUUCCUGGUCAGCUUGCGUAAGCGCUCCCCCAAAAAGCAGGGGAACCUCCCCACCAUCAUGGAGUUCGGGGAAAGCCAGGCCAGCGAGCCCGACAGCAGGGCGGAGCCCGAGAGCGAGGGGGACGAGAUGCUGCGCACCGAGAGCAUGGGGGAACUGAGGUCCGAGAUGGAGGGAGAGAUGGAGGGAGGGAUGGACGGAGAUCUGGAAAUAGAGGAGAUGAUGGAGGAGCUGUUGGACUUUGAUAAGGAGGUGCAGGGAAAGGAGUAUGAGACAGAAGAGGACAGCAUGUGGAUAAUGGAGGAUCAUGAGAAAGGUUUCAAGGGAAAGGGGGUCACUCCAGGACGGAGAACUCCAGACAGGCCUGCAAAGGCAGAGGUGGAGGACGAUACUCAGAGCCACUCCAGUUCCAGCCAAUCAGAGCAUAUGAGCUCACAUAUGGAGGAUCAGGUAGCCAGCCAUACGGACAAUCAAACCUGAACCAGUGCUGCUUCAUUCUGUCUGAGUAGAAGAAAAAACAUGUUGGACUGCAAAAGAAGAUAUUGUCAGUUUCGCUCAGUACAAUGACUUGCUUCCCUUUGUGAUAAGACUGAAUAAUAAAACGGCAAAUCUAGUCUGCUGUGAAUAUAUCCAAUAUUUUCAAAAGAUGGAUAAUAAGAGGAUUGUGCAUGAGAGGGUUAUAGCUGCCACCAAUAGUAUUACCUGUAUGUAACACAUUAUAAUGUAACAUUACUUGUCAUUUUUAGUAUCCCACACAUAAAAUUUAUAGAAAACAUUGAAUCUGUUUAGAUACUUCUGUGUGGCCUAACUGGCACGUUUAGUUUCAUUUUGGUGUUAGGUGAUAAACUAGUUAUUUCUUACCAAAGGAGUUAAUGCCUGUGUGCCUGUUACUCCAGUAUCCCGCUGGUAAAUAAAAACAGAUGGGAUGUGCCUCAAAAUGAAAUAGGUUAUCUCUGUUUUGUUGAAAGUAUCUCUGCCUGUCCAUCUAUGCAGCAGUCAGCAAUUCAUUAAAAUAUCUCCACUCCGCACCAUGUCCAGCCAUUUAAACGAAUUAUUCAGUGCUUGAAUUCAGUGUGAUUGAAUAAGAAGUGGAGGCACUUUAAGCUGAAACGGCCUGAUAAAUCACCAAUGGUGAAAUAUGGUGGAUCUUUGAUGUUAUGGGGUGUUCCGUCUACUGGUCCUGGCCUCUUGGUAAGAUCAAUGGAAUCAUGAACUCCAGCAAGUGCAAAGAUUUAUUGGAGAAACUCUGGUUUCCCUCUUUCAGAAAGCUCAAUCCUGGCUGAAAAGGUUUGUCCAGAUCACACGAGAGUGAAUGUUUGUGGUUUGAAAAGAAGUGGGCAGCAGGAUUCCCCCCAAUAUAAUCACAAAUCUCUUUAAACCCCACAUAAGAUGGUUCAGUUGUGGAGAGGUGCAGAUAGUACUGAAAACGGGUGGGAAUAAUUGGGACACAAAUCUUGGAAAAAAGAUAUCACUUGUUAAAUAAAGA